GGUUAAAAUAUUCAAAAUGGCGGACGGAGGAGCAGCGAGUCAAGAUGAGAGUUCGGCGGCGGCGGUGGCGGCAGCGGCAGACUCAAGAAUGAACAAUCCGUCAGAAACCAGUAAAACAUCAAUGGAGAGUGGAGAUGGGAACACAGCUUCUGAACUUGAAGAUAGCCUUCAGCUGCUGGAUACAGAGUCCAUGGAAAAUGGAAACAGAAUUUAACCAUAGCAGCAUGCACCCGUUUGGUUCUCAGACCAUGGCAGAGAAUGAUGGGGUAAUAGUAUACAGUAGAGUAGGCACGCAAACAAAUGGCCUGGACUUUCAGAAGCAGCCUGUGCCUGUCGGAGGAGCAAUCUCUACAGCCCAGGCCCAGGCCUUCCUUGGGCACCUUCAUCAGGUCCAGCUCGCUGGAACAAGUUUACAGGCUGCUGCUCAGUCCUUAAAUGUACAGUCUAAAUCUAAUGAAGAAUCUGGGGACUCUCAGCCGCCAAGCCAGCCUUCCCAGCAGCCUUCAGUGCAGGCGGCCAUACCCCAGACCCAGCUCAUGCUGGCCGGAGGACAGAUCACUGGGCUCACGUUGACGCCAGCCCAGCAACAGUUAUUGCUACAACAGGCGCAGGCACAGUUGCUGGCGGCUGCAGUGCAGCAUUCAGCCAGUCAGCAGCACAGCGCUGCUGGUGCCACCAUCUCGGCCUCUGCUGCAACGCCGAUGACGCAGAUCCCUCUAUCUCAGCCAAUACAGAUUGCACAGGAUUUGCAGCACUUGCAGCAGCUUCAGCAGCAGAAUCUCAACCUGCAACAGUUUGUGUUGGUGCAUCCAACAACCAACUUGCAGCCAGCACAGUUCAUCAUCUCACAAACACCGCAGGGGCAGCAGGGUCUCCUGCAAGCGCAGAAUCUCUUAACGCAACUACCUCAGCAAAGCCAAGCCAACCUCCUGCAGUCUCAGCCAAGCAUCACCCUUGCCUCGCAGCCAGCAACCCCAACACGCACAAUAGCAGCGACCCCCAUUCAGCCACUUCCACAGAGCCAGUCAACACCAAAGCGAAUCGACACUCCCAGCUUGGAGGAGCCCAGUGACCUUGAGGAGCUUGAGCAGUUUGCCAAGACUUUCAAACAAAGACGGAUCAAACUUGGAUUCACUCAGGGUGAUGUUGGGCUCGCUAUGGGCAAACUCUAUGGAAAUGACUUCAGCCAAACUACCAUCUCUCGCUUUGAAGCCUUGAACCUCAGCUUUAAGAACAUGUGCAAGUUAAAGCCGCUUCUGGAAAAGUGGCUCAAUGAUGCAGAAAACCUCUCAUCUGAUUCAACUCUCUCCAGCCCAAGUGCCCUGAAUUCUUCAGGGCCAGGGAUCGAAGGCUUGAACCGUAGGAGGAAGAAACGCACCAGCAUAGAGACCAACAUACGUGUGGCCUUAGAGAAGAGUUUCCUGGAGAACCAAAAGCCUACCUCAGAUGAGAUCACCAUGAUAGCUGACCAGCUAAACAUGGAGAAGGAGGUGAUCCGCGUUUGGUUCUGUAACCGGCGCCAGAAGGAGAAAAGGAUCAACCCACCCAGCAGUGGUGGAACCAGCAGCUCGCCCAUCAAAGCAAUUUUCCCUUGCCCAACCUCACUGGUGGCAACCACGCCAAGCCUUGUGACUAGCAGUGCAGCUACGACCCUGACUGUCAAUCCUGUGCUCCCUCUGACCAGCCCUGCUGUAACAAGUCUGUCAGUCACAGGCACAACAGAAACCACCUCCAACAACACGGCAACAGUGAUUUCAACAGCACCUCCAGCUCCUUCAGCAGUGACAUCACCCUCCCUGAGUCCUUCCCCUUCUGCCUCAGCCUCCAAUUCAGAGGCAUCCAGUGCCAGUGAGACCAGCACAACACAGACAACCUCCGCUCCUUUGUCCUCCCCUCUUGGGACCAGCCAGGUGAUGGUAACGGCAUCAGGGUUGCAAACAGCGGCAGCAGCCGCGUUACAAGGAGCUGCACAGUUGCCUGCAAAUGCAAGUCUUGCUGCCAUGGCUGCUGCAGCAGGACUAAACCCAGGCUUGAUGGCAUCCUCGCAGUUUGCAGCUGGAGGUGCCUUACUCAGUCUCAAUCCAGGGACAUUAGGUGGUGCUCUCAGCCCAGCCCUGAUGAGCAACAGUACACUGGCAACUAUUCAAGGAUCGCUUCAUGGAUCGGAGAACUUUCUAACCAAAAAUGUAAAAAAAACCAAAAAACAAAAAAACGAAAAAAAACCACAAAAAAAGUGAAAGGACUACUUAUCAUUUCCAGCAGUCACAAUGACAAGUUAAGGCCCCACUUCAGGAUUCAUACUGCCUUUGCUGAAUUUUGUAGCAGCAGCUACUUAAGCCCCGUUCCCUCAUCGUGAUAAUGUUGUGUGUGGACAAAGCUGGCACGUCACAGUGCUACAGACAUCGAAGUCCUUCAGCAGAAGGAAUCUUAAGACAUUGGAAACGGCAUGCCAAGGGGGGUGGAUCAUGGCGAUCGCACAGCCCCCUUGUGACACAAUUUAGGAACGAGAGCGCCCGUGACAGUGUCCUGAGAGCAAGGCAGUUGAGACAAAACCGUUAGUUCUUCCCCCAAUUCACUCUCCGCGUGUCAGCCUCUGUGACCCUGGUGCUCCCUGCACCCGAGCGAGUCCGAGGGGAAGACGCAAUGCGCAAGACUGGGAGGUCGGCGCCGCUUCCCGCGGCUUCCCAGGGAGCUGGACUGGGCCUCCCCGCGACACGGGGAAGGAAGGGAAGGGAAGGGAUGGCUGCGGAGCCACCCGCAGGUGGUUUUGAAGGGGUCCGGAGCAGCGCUGGUCCCCGAGGCCCACCUCACGGUGCCAGCGGUCUGCGGCAAGGGCCCGGGCAGCAGCUCCUUCGUCCCCGCCAGUGCCGUUGUUCCAUUUCCUUCCUCUGUGGUAGUAUCUAAGGCUAGGUGUGAGUAGGUGUGGGGUGUUUAUCCGCCACAGGUACAGGAGCUGUCGUAUACCUCAUUUCUAACUCGUAACUGAGUAACUUGCUUUAACUUUCUCCAAACCCUACAGAGUUGCCAAGUCUGCCCUCCCUCCUCUGGUUAACACUGAACUCUGGCCUAUAGCACCCCGUGACCUGCAACCUGGGGAGUGACCCCCUAACGCCUCUGAAUGUCGCUGCUUAAAAGCUACUGCAAAGCGAGGGCAAAUUGCAAUCUUAUCUUAUUUCCUUUGGUUAUAAGGGGUCCUCUUGAUUAGUCUGUGAAUAUCCACCCCCUCCCCUCCACUCUCCGCAGAAAAGGGCUGCCCGUGCUGCCUUUCCCCUUUUCGGUGCGCUGACCCCCCCAGGCCCAAAGGCGCUGCCAGCCCAGCGCUGCCUCCACGCUACUCACUUUUUAACACGACCAAAAAAAAACCAAGAAAAAGGAAAAAAAAAAAGAGGAAAAAAAAGGAAAAAAAAAAGAAAAAAGAAAUCUCCAAAUAUUUAAUUUUCUUCUUUAUUAUUUGACAAUCCUGUAUCCCUUCCCCACUCCCCAGCCUGGCCAGAAGCUGCAUCCUUAACCCGGUCCAUCUUUAUUUGAAUGUAGUUCCCCUACCCCCAUGGGAAAGAGAAGCUUUGUCAGGUCACGGUGGCUGCUAUAAGUCGGGAGGGGGCGGUUUCUUUGUUUUGUUUUGUUCUUUUAAAAUUUCCAGCCAAAACCAAAGAUUUCCUAAUGAUUGUAUAAACUCAAAACAAACAAACAAACCAAAGACAAAGGGCGUCUUCAGCACCAAGCCCAUCUGUGAGGCUGGCCUGGCCAGGGCCAGGGUCUCUGCCAGCCUACGAGGGGGCCAACCCAGAGCCCCCCAGCCCCAGGGCCUGUCCCGGGCGAGGGGGUGCUGCCCCAGGGGGUGCUGCCCCAGGGCACAGCCUCCCUAAUGCCCCGGGAAGGAACUCGUGGGGCGGCUGGAGGCUUCGCAGGUGGGUUGAGGAGCUGAAGACUUGGGCGCAGGAUUGGCUGCUCUGCUGGGUGCUUGAACCCUCUGGGGGCUGGGUGAUGUUGAUUAAUACACGCUGAGGUGCACUUCUGAGCUUCCCCCCCUCCCCCCCGUCACUGCUUGGAAGAGGCUGUCCUGUUGUGAGAAAUCCCUGAAAGAAGAAGAAGCAGCUUUUCAUUUCUCCUCUAGUUCCUUUUUUCUAGAUUUCUUUUAUUUUUGCAGCACCACUGUGCAACUAUGCAUUGUAUUUCUCAACCUUUUAUGCUAGGUAGAUGCCUGUGACUUUUUAACUUUUGGGGGGGGGAUUGCAAAUGGAGGAACUUUUUACAUGGAUCUUUUUAAUCUCAGUUGAUUGGGGGGUGUUUGGUUCUAGGGUCAUACAAGCUCUAUCCCAAAGCAAAAUCCAAAUGUUAAUAUUAUUAGCCUGAUGCAGAUACCAAAGAUAAUUUCUUUCCUGCAGAACCUUAGACUUGUGUAUUAAGUACGAUUACCCAGCACUUGCAUUAGUCUAACCUCAGUAAUUCCAAAGCUUAGAUGUAUAUUUUGGUAUAUUUCUGGGAUAUUAAAAAAUUGUCGUUUAAAUUCUUGUUUGUUUCAGUGUAAUGCUCUUAAAGUCAUAGCAUGGAGAUAACUGAACUUGUCCUAUUCUUAGUAGUUUGAAAUAAUAGUAUUUUUGUAUGUUUUGGGUGUGUCUAUGUAUGUAUUAACAUAACAGUUUUCACUGCCUAGGUGUUCAUAAAUGAUGGAAAAAAAAACCAAAAAAAAAAACCAAAAAAAAAAACAACUAAGGGUUUUUAAAGUGUACAUAAUAUUCCAUGAGGAAUUUCCACCAGACCGCCAAUUUGGAUCGCAUUUUCACUGACGGCUGCUCCCAACUGGGAUUCUUUCUUUCUUUUUAAAGAGACAGCAUGUUCUUUGUUUAUUUUUUUUUCCCCCUGUUGACCUGAGGUUCUUCCUCAGUGGAAAAAUGGGGUUUCACUGUUUUUAAGGGAUGGGCCAAAGAGGGAAGCAGCUUAAAUUUUGUUUCAAAAAGGAUAUACUUAGCACACGUUAGUUUGAAAACUAACCCUUUGUACGAAGAACUGGGAGCUGAAAAUUGAGCCCUUUCUUCAGCAGUAGAUUGCAGAGAGACGAGGAUUUGUGAAUGUCUGUAGCGUCCGGGCAGUCCCUUGUUGCUUUGUUGCUAAACGAGACAAAUUUUUGGUCUUGAUGAUUUCACGGCUCUGCCCAUCUGCCUGCUUACACUGGCUGGGAGGGGUUUUUCUCUUGCCCUUCCUCGUACUGCUUUUUGUGCUUUAGGGCAGCAGAACACUUGAAAUCGAGGGCCAGACGGGAGCACCCGCACCCAAACGCAACCCAAGCUUUUCUUGAGGCUGAAAUGUGAGCGUCCCACACAUUUCAAAACCUUGCUGAUCACACUAGGGGUGAGGAGGAAGGUGAAAUGCUGUCUCUUUAAAGAUGUCUUUUAUUAUUAUUAUUAUUAAUUAUUAUUAUUUUCCCAGUGGUUGCCUACAGAUAGCUGUAGGCGUUGAGAGAUUGUGUAGAUUACAGUAAAUCAGAAUGAAAAGGUAGAUUUUGUGUAGAUGCAUUUGUCUGCUGUAAUUUUUUAUAUAUAUUAAACUUACUGUAAUUGUACAGUUCAUUUCUGUUGUAAACAUCAUUAAACCA